GUGUUACCUGUAUUGUCAGACCGGCUUUCAGGCCCCAGCUGAGCGGGCGUGUGUGUGUUUGUGUGUUUGUUUGUGUGGGUCUCCGUCUCCCCUGUUGUGAUGAUGUCGGAGGAUGCGGUGGUCGGCCUCGCCGCUGUGACCGUGCUGGGCGUCCUGCAGCAAGCCUACUUCUCCCUGCAGGUGAUCUACGCCAGGAGGAAGUAUUCGGUCUCCCCUCCGGCCACCUCUGGACCUCCGGCCUUUGAUCGCAUCUUCAGAGCUCAGGCCAACUGUUCGGAGUACUUCCCGAUCUUCCUCUCCGUCCUGUGGACCUCCGGAGUCUUCUUCAGUCAAGGUGUGUCUUCAGUCCUCGGUGUGCUCUACCUGUACGGACGCCUCCGGUACUUUCGUGGAUAUUCUCAGUCGUCACAGCAACGGCUGGCUCCUCUGUAUUUCAGCGCCCGGAUUCUGUGGGUUCUGGUUGGGUCCUCGGUCCUCGGCGUGUUCCUCUCGUUCGGCAGAGUUUACCUGAAGCUGGACCUCCUGCACGUGCUCGGCUCCGCCCUCGUCUGAAUGUCGACCCUCAAGGGUCAACGGUCACUUUUCAGAGAGAUAAAAUAAGGCUUUUUUCAUUUGGGAAAUUAAAAUAUCAAAACUCAAAA